CCUAUGACCACCGAAGCAAACAUCGCUGCAUCUUUCCUCACGUCAACAAAGACAACUGCAGGCAUGAAUAUUAUUAUCUGUGUGCUCGUUUUUCUGGCUGCCGUGUCGAGGGUCUCGCUGAGUCUGCCGUCACAGUCCAUUUCCCACAGAUCUGAUAGUGCAGCUGUGGCGUCAGACGGCCACGCAAUCAACCACACACGCCAAGCUCGCUCUGCUGGUGCGCCUCCUUCCGGGCAGCUCAGCAACUCCGACCGAGCUCAGGAAGACGUGGAGGCUUUAAACACUCUGAGACAGCUACUGGCCAGACUCGUCUCCAGGAAAGGCAUGCCAUACCAAAGCAGAUUGUCCAUCACGAGCAGAGCCAGUGGUCUCGCACCCCAGCACAGGAUAAUGGACAGGGACUACGAGGGCUGGUUGGACUUUGGAAGACGCAACGCAGAAGAGUAUGAAUACUCCUAAAAGCAUGACUUGAAAUGCAAAGCUACGACCCUCAACAUUGCCAAAAAAGAAUCCCCCACCCCACCAUCAUGCACACACUGAACUUUCCACAACACACUCGAGCACAGUACAGUAUAUGCUCUUAUACCCAAAAUAAUUCAUUCUAUGGACAAUUAUUUAUGUUAAGUGAUUUUUUUCUUUAAAAAAAAUUCAACCAUAACAAUAAAUUCAU